CGAGCGGCCGUCCAUGGUGCCGGGAGGCGGCGGGCAGAGCGCUGCCGGUGCCGGGCACAGCGCGCCCUCGGCCGGCAGCGCCGCAGUGGGCAAAGUGACCGCCUCGCUGCUCAUCAGCAACGCCAGGACGGCCCGCGACGCGGAGCUGCUGGCGCGAGAGGGGGUCACCUUCUGCGUGAACGUCACCAGGCUGCAGCCCUUCCCCAGCCUCCUGCAGGCCCGAGGCAUGCGCGUGCCCGUGUUCGACGACCCGGCCGAGGACCUGUACCGCUAUUUUGAGCAGUGCGGCGACGCCAUAGAAGCAGCUGUCAGGAGCGGCGGGAAGUGCUUGGUGUUCUGCAAGAACGGCCGCAGCAGAUCCGCCGCUAUCUGCACCGCGUACCUGAUGAGACACCGAAACCUGCCGCUCCGGGACGCCUUUGAGGCGGUGAAGGCUGCCAGACCAGUAGCAGAACCCAACGCAGGGUUUUGGUCUCAGCUACAGAGAUACGAAGAAGAUCUGAAAAUACCAAAGCAGUCUGACCUGCUGAGCAAAGGACUGAACUCACUUUGAAACACCUCCACACACGGCUGUUUUUAAGCAGCUUGCUGUAGGCCAAAGUAGAAAAAAAAUAUGACAGUAUAUAUGGCCUGUAUAUAAAAUGCCUGUUUGCUACACUGA